AAAUAAUCAGAACAUAAGAUACGAAAAUGGAGGAAAUUCACGUGCCAGUACACAACAAUUCGUCAUCGAUAGAGCAGACUUUGGGUCCAAUAUCAUUCAUGUCUUGGUUCAUGGGCGUCGGUAUUGCACGUCCGCGAAAAUGUUCCAAAGUUGUAACGAUAAUUAUACGUAUCGUUUAUCUGGCCGUGUUUUUAAUUAGCAUGGUGUAUAACAUGAUUGAACUUUUCGAUUUCGACAACGUCACCAACCACAUGUUGUCGUUUAUGUAUUUUGUAAACGAGGCGAUGUUCUACGUGUCUACGUAUUAUUACAUUUAUCACGGAAUCAAACAAUAUGACAAGUGGCCAAAGUUGAUGGACAAAAUAAAGGAACUUGAUCAAAAAAUCAGGGGAGAAACACAAAUUAGUGACCAGCCAGUAAAGAAGGCAGUAGUAGUAGCGAUUCUCGCGACUCUUGUUUGCUGUCUUUUUCUGCUUAUCGCAGAAAUUCUGCUUUCCUUUAUAUAUUCAGUAGAAAUUUUAGCAUACAAUUUGGUGUUUUUCUACAUGUCCGCCCAGUCAUUUAUUAACAGUUUUGUCGUUAAUAUUGUUGUGUAUGUGCUAUAUUAUAGAUUUCAAGCGAUAAAUAAAUUAAUUGGCCGAUUGGAUAAGUCAACCACUGCGCUAUGGAUCGCACUCAAGAUUAAACACAUCAGAGAAUUGCAUACCGAUGUUUGUGAUCUCGUUAUCAUGGUAAAUGAUAUUUAUGGCCUUUCUCUCCUUCUUUACACGAUGAACUGCUUUCUCACACUCGUAGUUUCUCCGUUCAGAAUCUAUGUAGUUGUGAAGGAAUAUUACGAUAACUUCUAUUUUAUAUUGAUAAGUAUUAUAACUUGGAUUUUAUGUACCACGCAAUUUGGUGUGAUGUGCUGGAUUUGUACACGUACGUGUCAAGAAUCCGACAAGACUGGAAUAAUUAUGAGCGCAGUUACAUUAAAAUGCAAACCAGUGAAUUAUGACAUUCUGCACGAGACAGGGAUUCAAUCGGGUUUAGAAAUACAAUUGGAUGAUUUGGAUAACAAGCAAAAGUUUAAUUGGAGUCAUAAUCUACGUUACGUUAUCAUUGAAAAUCUCUUGCGUAGAAACUUAGAUCGAGACUGUGUUAGAAGCGAAAUCAACGACUUUUCGAUUCAACUGCAACAUCGUCGAAUAGCAUUUACAGCCUGCAAUUUCUUUGAAAUAAGCAAUGCUCUGUUCUGUGGUGUAAGUACAACAUUUUUUUAUUUAUUUACAAUUUAUAUAAAGUUAGCGUUUCUUGAAUUGCAUUGUAUUAUAAAUAAUAUCUCGCGAAGCAAUUAAAUGAAGUAAAUUUAUUUUUCAGUUUAUUGGAAUGACCAUUACUUAUUUAAUAGUCUCCAUUCAAUUCUCUAAAUGAUACGAUUAUCAUAUAUUCAGGAUACGUUCAUUAGUUUGUUGCACGUCACAGGUAUAUUACAUAUACGUUAAAAAACGGAGUUUUUAAAUUUUUGUUGCCCAUGGGAUUUGACGCACUACUCUUUAAUUCCUAAUACCAAUAAUUGUAAUAUUUAAAUAAAGUAAUUAAACAUAAAAGUAAAUAAAUUAGAUUUACACAAAAACUUAGUACAACAUUUAUUGAAAAUAUUUUACUGUCAGCAUCUAAUUUUCUUGCGUUAAAUUUUGUAUUGCGUAUUAACGUUUGUUAAAACAGGGAAACAUUUGCUAAUAAAAAAAAUUAAAUC